AAAUAACUUCCGUUUUGAUUCAUAGGAAGACAACAAUCACAAAAUUCAAACCCUAAUUUUUAAAACACAAAUCACUUCUAUUACGUUGUUUGUUGGUUUUAUGGUUUAUUUUUUAAAACAUACUUAUUAUCCAAAAGGCCAAAAAAGGAAUAUAAAUAAGCACUUCGCGGCGCCACCGAAUUCACUCUCAUUCUCUCUAAAAAGAAUGCGAGAUUUUCUUCUUCAACGGCCUGCUUCGUCUCCUCUCCUCUCUACUAUAAUAGAGAAAGGGAUUCUAGGGUUUUUCGGGUUUCUCCUCAGAGAAAGCGCGCUUCGAGAAGGUUAUAUUUAAAAACCUUUUAUAAAGUUCUUACUGGGAAUGUUUUGGUAAGGGGAAAAUAGGCAGUGAUUCUUUUGCGGUGAACUUGGGGGGGGGGGGGUGCAUUGUUUUGGUGUGGGGGAUAUACUUGAUUUUAUUAUUGGAGUUGUUUUUUUUGUUCUUUUAUUAUUUAGGUUGAAGCAAUGAGUUUGCUGCUUUGUUGAUAUUUUGUUUGGGAAGAACUGAGAUGUGUUUGUGCGAGAGUACGGCAUUGGUUAACGAACCUUUGAGUGUAGUUGCUUCUGCAGAGCAACAUUCAUGCUCCGAGUCAAUGGAAAACCUUGUUCCUGAGCCACGGGAUUGCAUUAUCAGUGAUUCUAGUGGGGAUUCUACUGGAAAUAGGUAUGAUGAUACUGUGAUUUAUUUGGAAGAAAACCGGGGUGAAAGUGAUGGUGACAGUGCAGGCUAUUCAUGUGAAAAUCAUUGUGAAAAUGUAGAUUGUUCUGGUUUAAAGGAAUUGUUGGGUGCUAGGAUUGACGAUCACGUGGCUUGUUUGAAUGUAAGUCAAGGUAAGAUUGAUGUUCAUAAUUCAGAAAAUGAUCAGUUGUGCUUGGAAAACAGAUUAUUUUCAGGUAAAUAUGUUCCAACUGCCAUUAAUGGAUCCUUAGGCUUGUCUCAGGAUGAAUUUUCUGCUUGUUUGAGCAGUGGUACAGAGAUUGAGACUGAAAUUUGCAACAGAAUUCAAUCUGUUAAGGAUAGUAACUUGACUUUAGAAUCAAUAGCCAUUGCUGGUUGCAGGAGUGGCUGUGCCCAACAAAAUGGCCAGAAUGAUAACAACAUUGUCAGAGGUCCUCUUCUUGAUUGGAAAAAUUGUGCUUCAUCCAUGAUAAAAUCUGUUACGAGCAGUGAGAUAUCAGCUAUAUGUUGUGCCCAGACACUUUCCAGUUUACAAGGGUCAGGUGAUUCAGUAAGUAGUUGUGACUGGCUGAACCAGAAAGAUGAAAUGAGUAGCAGAGAUUUCUCAUUGGAAGGUUUUAAUAAAGCUGUAGAAACUAAAAGUAUUGGUGAUACAUAUAGUGAGUUAUUGGCUUCAAAGGGUUGUGCAAGUUCAUUUGAGACAUUACAUAGCGCUGAAUCAUUGUGCACAAAGCAGAAUGCACAAACUGACAAUAAGAAUUUUAUCGUUCUAUCAGGAGAUAGUGUUGCAAAGGUUUCCGAGGAGAGGACUGGCAUUGCUGCAGGUGCAAAAGUUGAGACUUCAAGUGAAAUAAUGAAUGCAGGGGAUUCUUUUGAGCUCAGUGAAAACUCUCUUUGUGAUAAGUUAGUUUCAUUGUCUUGUCAUCCAUUUGAUAUUGUUGAAAAUGGUUUGUCUGGAAGGUUGGAUCCACCUGAUUGUCUGACAAAGGGUGCUUAUGCUGCACUUAAUUCUAGCAGUUCAAUUGACUUUUGUGGACAAAGGCAAAAUGAAGGGAAGGUUGUUGUCAAGGCUGAUUGUGUUUCAGAAGUUAAACAUCAUCCUACAGAAUCUUCCUCUCCUAGAAGGGGUGGCCGAAAAGAUAAGUCUAGUCAAAAGACUAAUGCAAAAACUAGGAACUGCAGGAACAAGCUGCAACUGCCACCUGAAAGUAUUGAACUUCAUUUUAGAGCUUCAAGAAGGAAGAGAAGCUGUUCAUCCAGACCUGGUCGUUCUUCCAUCCAGGAAUUGUUCAGUAAUAUUACACAAUUUCUUGAGCCAUGUGAUGACCCUGAGUUUAAUGAAGUGCAGAAUCAAAAACCAUCCAAUGCUAGGGAUGGCCAAGGAAGCAGGAAAAGUUGCAAAGAUCAGUCUGGUCAAAGCAUAAAAGGGUCAGGUGGGCUAAGUAAAUCUUCAACCAGUUGCUUGCGCUUUAGGAUUAAAGUGGGCAAGGGGGUUGGACCAAGUAAUCUGAAUAGUGUGGUUGCGGAAGUUGUUAAUCUGCCGGUUUCUGUUGACACUUCUUAUAGUAUUUAUGGAAAGGGAACAGGUCUACAAUUUCCAAAAUUAGCCAAUGUUGCUGAAGAUAAAGUAGGGGAACUGGGUAUUGAAAGGCAGUUUCUGAACAAGGAGGACCAAGAAAAGGUGAAAACAUGCUUAGAUGCUUCUUUUAUGGAUUUAAAACUAACAAACAAUGUUUCAGGAAGCGCUGAAUAUCUUAAAAAGUCUGCUGAAGAUGCUUUAGGUGAUUACCUUGUGAGUAAGCCAAAUGCAGUGGCUGAAUCAUCUGGAAGAGCAAUAGAUAACAAGUAUUCAGGUUCUGGAACUUCACCAGAUUCCUUAGUAAUCAAUUCAAUUCCUGACGCCCAAGUUGGCUUAAUACAUCAAGAAGAGUUGCAUGACCCUGCUCUGAAUAAUUCUGGUUUUCUUGCUUCUCCUGGAGGUGUUAAGAGUAGUAAGGUUAGCAAAAAGGGAAAGAAGGAUAAUCAUAGAUCUCCUCGUACAGUCUGCUUAAGGAAACCUAAGUCAUCCAAUAAUUGCAGAGGUAGAACAAAAACAAGAGAUAAUGAAUUUAUCUCUAACAAGGCUAUUAGUUCUUCCGCUGGUGCAAAUUCUUCUAGAGGAAAUGGGCUCGGAGUUUCUGAAGAGUCCAUGAAAAUGGAUAUUAGUAUGGAUGCUAAAGCAUGUUGUAGUCAUCAUGUUCCUGAAACAAAGAAAUUUAAGAAUUUGUCUUCCUCUAAAGACGCACUGAAUCAACUUUCCAAAAGUUCAAAAUCUCAGGCAGUGAGAAAGGGAGGGUCCAAAGUUUCUGAUUCAGCAGGUAGCAGGAAAGGAAAUGCUUGUAAGCAGUGGGGAGGUGAGUUGAAGUCAGUCAGUAAGAUCAAAGUAAAGGAGAAAGGCUCUAAUCAAGAGAUUGUAACCAGAGGAGGAAAGCAUCCACUAACAGCAGGAAAUCACAUUUCAGUUGAUUUUGAGAACUCAGAUACUGGCAACAGCAGUGCAUCUGCUUACAUGAUUAAUAUUGACUCGGUAUCAGAUGUCAUCAAGCAGCACACACAGCCUGAUAAUGCUUGGGUCUGUUGUGAUGAUUGUCAUAAAUGGCGGAGAAUACCAGUUACACUUCUAAAUUCAAUUGAUGAGGCAUGUCGUUGGAUCUGUGGGGACAACACGGAUAAAACAUUUGCUGACUGCUCAAUCCCUCAAGAGAAAUCCAAUGCAGAUAUUAAUGCAGAGUUGGGUGUAUCAGAUGCUGAGGAAGAUGGUUGUGAUGGUUUAAACUAUAAGGAAUUCGAGAAGGGAUUCAAUAAUAAACGUGUGACAGUGCCACCACCAUCGCAUUUUUGGCGUAUUGAUAGCAACAAAUUUUUGCACCGUGGCUGUAAAACUCAAACCAUCGAUGAGAUAAUGAUUUGCCAUUGCAAACGACCUCCUGAUGGUAACCUUGGUUGUGGGGAUGAAUGUCUAAAUCGAAUGCUGAACAUUGAAUGUGUUCAGGACACCUGUCCCUGCGGGGAGCUUUGCUCAAAUCAACAGUUCCAGAAGCGAAAAUAUGCAAAGAUGAUGUGGGACAGAUUUGGUAGGAAAGGUUUCGGUCUGAGGAUGCUUGAGAAUAUUUCUGCUGGCCAGUUUCUUAUUGAAUACGUUGGAGAGGUGCUUGAUAUGCAAGCUUAUGAGGCUCGACAAAAGGAGUAUGCUUCUAGGGGUCAGAGGCACUUCUAUUUCAUGACAUUGAAUGGCAGUGAGGUAAUAGAUGCAUAUGUCAAAGGGAAUUUGGGGCGCUUCAUUAACCACAGUUGUGAUCCAAAUUGCCGUACUGAAAAGUGGAUGGUUAAUGGAGAAAUUUGUAUUGGACUAUUUGCAUUGAGAGAUAUAAAGAAGGGUGAAGAGAUUACAUUUGACUACAAUUAUGUGAGGGUAUUUGGAGCUGCUGCCAAAAAAUGUCAUUGUGGUUCAUCUCAUUGUCGGGGUUAUAUAGGUGGUGAUUCACUUAGUGAGGGAGUAAUUGUUUAUGAUGAUUCUGAUGAAGAAUCUCCUGAACCUAUGAUGCUUGAAGAUGGUGAAACCUGGAAUGGUUAUGCUAAUGUUAUUUCUAGAUAUAGUCCCUUCGUUGGUGCAGAAAUGCAACCUGUGGAGAGAGUAAUAACUUAUGGUGUCAGAAAAUUGGAGAAAGUGCCAGAAGCUGAGGGCUCGGUUUACCAUUCUGCUUCUGCUUCUUCUAAAUUGGACAUUUCAGCUGAAAUAGAAGAUUUGCAGGGAAAUUUCCAGUUACCCAUUCAACCUGAAGAAGUUUCCCCUUUGGCAGCUCCCUAUGAAGCUGUUCAGCAAGAUGAUACCAUUGAACAUAAGGCUAUGAAGAAAACCUCACGUUUGAUUCAUAUAUUAGAUACCUCUCUAAAUAUGUCAGACAACAAAUUACCUUCUGUUAUUAUUGAUGCUAAUAAGGAGUCAAAGUUUAACACAGCUGAAGACAAACAGGUUCCUCCAAAAUCGCACCCCCUGAUGAAGACAUCAUGUUUAUCUAGCUCCCAUAAGAAGGGGAAACUUAGUAGUAAUUCUCUGAAUGGAACUAAGGUUCGGAUGAUAUCUGAAAAAUCUCAAGUGCCUGCUUUCAAGCUCAAAAAAUUCUUGGAAUCUUCUAGUUCUUGCCGUUUUGAAGCAGUGGAGGAGAAACUUAAUGAAUUGCUGGAUUCUGAGGGGGGAAUAACAAAAAGAAAGGAUGCUUCUAAAGGUUACUUGAAGCUUCUGCUUCUCACAGCAACUUCUGGCGAUAGCGCCAAUGGUGAAGCAAUUCAGAGCACUCGUGAGCUUUCAAUGAUUCUUGAUGCCCUUUUAAAAACCAAAUCACGGUUGGUGCUGACCGAUAUAAUUGACAAGAAUGGUUUGCAGAUGCUGCACAACAUAAUGAAGAAAUACCGAAGGGACUUUAAUAAGAUUCCGGUUCUUCGGAAGCUUUUGAAGGUUUUAGAAUACUUAGCAAGGAGGAAGAUACUUACGGUAGAACGUAUUAAUGGAGGUCCUCCCUGUGCUGGAAGGGAGAGCUUUUUAGAGUCAAUACUGUCAUUCACAGAGCACAAUGACAAAACGGUCCAUGAAAUAGCUCGAAAUUUUCGAGAUACAUGGAUUCCAAAACCCUUGAGAAAACAUAGCUACAGGGACAAGGUUGAGAGAAGGAUGGAGCUUCGCAGGUACUUGGGCUGUAACAGGGUUUCAGCCUCACACAAUCAUUUGCGGGACCAGGCCAUAAGAUCUACUGAAGCAAUUACCGUUGUUAAAACAACUACACUGGAUAAUUCCCAUGAGAUUUGCUCCUCAUCUCCCACAGGCGUUUGCCAAACCAAUGGCACCAAAAUUCGCAAGCGUAAAAGCCGCUGGGAUCAGCCUGCAGAAACAGAGAAAAUUGAUUCACGGUCACCAAAGAAACAUGAAUAUAGCCAAUUAACCAUUUUGGGUAAACCGACAUCAAAUCACAUGAACAAGAUGAGUAGAUGGGAUAAAGAAUGUCAUGACAUCCUAUGCAAAGGUGAAGCCGUUAAUGUAGUCAAUGGAAAGCACAGGUUUCAGGGGGAUGCUCCACUGGGGUUCUCAUCCCCUUGCAGUGCAUCUUUGGUUUCCUCGACUGCUGCAUUAACUGCCACUAGUUUUCCUCAACCAAAAACUUGUCAGUUGAAGUGUCCAGAAAUGACCAUCGCUCAUCCACAGACGAGAUUAAUUUCCCGUUUGCCGGUCUCAUAUGGAAUUCCAUUACCCAUUGUGCAGCAGUUCGGAGCACCAAAGGAUGAAAGUGUAGAGAGUUGGGCAAUUGCCCCCGGCAUGCCAUUCCACCCUUACCCACCUUUACCUCCAUCUCCAUGUCCCCAUGGUAAGAAAGACACUCCACCUGUUUGUGCUGCUAACUCCAUUGGAAAUAAUGAAGAUGCAAAAGAUGAGCAGCAGGACUGCUGUCGGCCUGCCACAAGUUAUCCUGACAAUAGCAUUCGUAGCACAGCCCGUUGCAACGAACCAAAUUCUGAAAUUCCAUGUGCAAACAUCCAACGUACAUCGAAAAGAACUAGGGAAUCCUCCAAUGAUUUAGGUAAGUACUUCAGACAGCAGAAACGAAAAGGGCCUCCGUGGCAUAAAUCCGAGUCCACUGGAAGCAAGGAUAAUAAUAUUGGUGGGACUAGCUUUCUAGAUGUAGGGAAUGUAAAAAAUGAUGUGAGAAAUUCUUGAUAUUCAGAUUAUAUAAACCUGUAGAGUUGAAGAAGGCAGCCAUGAUUUUUGUCAGCAGCCAUAGUACCCAUUCAACAUUGAUUAAUGGUAUAUAUAUACGGCAUUUGUUGCUCGGGUUGAUGCCCGCACUGGAAAUUUGUAAUUUUAUUCAAUUUUCAGCUUGAAGUAAUUAAUCUUAGGUUCUGUUUGAUUA